AUGAUCUUUUUAGUGGCAACCAAAUCUUACCCUUCCCUGUUAAAAUUUCUGCUUUUCAUCAUCAGUGCUGUCUCACUAGGCAUGCUUGUUUUACUUCCAGGUACCUCAGCAGUGAAUGACUUUGGCACUGCACACCCUCGCAAGAACCACUCUCUUCAGAGCUUGCACCCUUCCAAGUCUUCCGUAGUCACUGGCAGCUGCAAUGUGUCAAAAACAACUUCAGUGCCAGAGAAGCGGGAGAAGGAGUCCUUUGGCAUCGGCAGUUACUCAAAAGGGGACACUGUCAAAUCGGCCUCCGAUUCAAAUUCCAAGUCUGGAGAAGCCAAGCCAAGGAUUGUCAUGCAAAUAAAAAAUGGCAUUGUGACUACCAUCGAAAAGCCAGCAGCUGCUGGGAAAACAGCUGAAAAGGAAGAGGAACAGCUGUCAAAGCUGGUACCCUACACGGGUGAGUCUGAAUCGGACCAGGAGAACAAGUCUGGCUCCAGUAAUUCACCCCAGCCAACUUUUCCAAAAAGCAAGUCUCUUGAAAGCUAUUGCUCUGGUGGCCGCAAACCGGCAGACUCUGGCGCCACCGGUGAUACCAAAGUUGUCUUUGACCAGAGCCUCAAUGCCACCACCUCGGUUCCUGGAAAUGCUCACCUGCUUGAGACAUCAACUAGGGAAUGGAAUAACGUUCGAGAUUCACAUUCGCUGGACCGUUUCAUCCCUUCUACAUCCCCCUCCUCACCAUUUCACUCUAAGGACUUAACACUAAAACUACAUCACCGUCACAGUAGUAGUCCCUUAAAACGUUUCCUGGGAGAUGCAAGCGGUGGUGGUAGUAGUAGUAGUAGUAGCAGCAGUAGCAGCACAGCCCCAACAUCUACCACUCUGAAUUCUACGUGCCCCUCUGUAGCUCCGGGGACUGUGCUAACUUGUGAUACUACAUCCACACCAAAACAGAAGGUGAACUCUACCACAACAUGGCUGGUCCAGUCCCAGGAAUCUGCCGUGAGUCCGUCACUGGCUUCCGCCUCGAGCUCAAGCACAAGUAUUAACUCAACCACAGAGUGGCAUGUUACCGACAAAGGAGACGCUCCCCAAUAUCUCAAAUUGCCCGAGAGGCAACAUACAGGCUGGACAGUGCUCAAUAAAGAAGGGUCAGGUGGCAACCCGCAAAUGACAGCUGAAAAUGAAGAUGCUGCAAGCCCAACUCCACUUUGUAGUACAACUCCUGAACCAGAUGCAGUUUUGGGUCCUUCAGCUCUCGACAGAAUCUCUCCUGUGGGAACUGCUACCAGUAUCGCUUCCUCUGCAGUUACUGUAACUGCAGCUCCAAACUUGGUUUCUAUGUCUCCAGGGAAUAAUUCAAUACCUUCUUUGAAUUUAACUAAAGAAGCCUCAGCUCCUGUUCUUCCACUAAAGGAAGAUCCACCAGCAGAAUCCAAGCGGGAAACGGUUGAAUCGAACGGUAUUUAUUGUUCGCAAACAGCCUCAAAGACUUUGGACCCUUGUCCUAAACCACCAACAAUCACCACAGCACGUCCAAAUAAUAAUGCUUCUUCUGCUGAAACCUCUUCCGCCCGUCUUAAAGACAGUGUGGGCUCUCGUGUGCAGACCCCACCUAUCAACUCUGAAAACACUUCCAGCAAAUACUCACACAAAAAGCAUAAAAAACACAAGCGGAAACGUCACAAGGAGAAAAGCCGUCACUCUCAGCACGACACCGAAAACGACAGUCUGGACAGUGAGCUGGUACGCAAGAAAAAACACAAGAAGCAUAAACACAAAAGAGAAAGCUCAAACUCGGAAGAUCGUCGACGCGACUUUGACGACGGGCCUUCUCCGGUAAAACGUCGGCACCGGUCGGGGCAUCUCCAGGAUGAUAGUGCAGAAUAUGAGUGGGUGGAACGGACAAAGGAACACUUCCGACCUGCUGACAUACCCUUACCCUCUCCCACUAUAACUCGAACUGAAACCUCUAAUGAUCACUUAACUGAACAGCGGUCAGUGGAAGGACCAGCUGAACCCCCAGUCGAGCGACCUCACAAUAUCAAGUAUGCCAGUAGGUCACUGCAUAUAUCGUCCAGUACCUCCGAACAUUCUCCUCUGUUAGUUGAAAGUCAUUGUAAAAAAUCAGUUAAAUCACCUGUCCUCAGUGGGAUGGACAAUAAACUCAAAUCCUCUUUAUAUGGCUCGUCAGAGAAACCUAACGAUAAAUCAAUCGACUCUCAGUCAAAAUCUGUAUAUAGCACCAAAGAAUCUAAAGAUGAGAACGCCUCAUCAGAACAGCACAGUACGUCUUUAACGGGGAUCCCAUCAGAGAGUCUGUCCCCAUCUUUUCUAUCGACCACAGCAUCUAUGUCUAAUGCCAUGUCUCUAUCCUCAAAUUCAGCUCCUCCAAUGUCUUCGCAAAAGACUCUGCUUUUAGCAUCGGUUGACAGUAAAACACCUAAUUCAGGGAGCAAGUCUGAAAUCACUAACCACAGACACAGUGAUUUGUCUUCAUCAUCAUCCUCAGACCGGACAGUGUCAUCAAGUCCAUCAAGUGGGCAGCACAAACAUUCAAAGACUGAGAAAACUCAGGAGCAUUGUAGUGGCGAAGUCAGUCGACACUCCAAGCCAAAUGUGUCCAGUCAGCGUUGGGAUAGCCACAUCCAUGAUGGUUAUAAACGGAUAGUUAAGGGGUCAGACAAUUACAAGAUGACCUGGGACGGCUCAAAGAAUUCUCGAAUAGCAGACGAACUGGAAAAGAGCUGCAAUCGGGCAUAUGGUGGACAGAUGAUGUCAUGGGAUGGUGGCAAAUCUGUGUUAAGUCAGGACAUGGAGCACGAACGAAACAGAAACAAAAGAUAUUGCAGCCAAGAUUACAAUGAUGAUUAUGACCGUGGAAAAGCGAAGAAAAUCAAGAAACCGCGUUUGGACCACAUGUAUAAUAACAGUGGAGUAAACAGCUUUCAACGACUGCAUGAUGACAGAAACAAAGACAAGUGGAGAUAUAACCAAAGAAUGCCCGGAUCUUCCUAUGGACAGCAUCCAUAUCAUCGGUCUUACCAGCACUAUGGCCAUGGGCCUUCAAUGAAUCACAUGGGACACUACAGUCACUACAUGGGACGACAUGCUUACCGCCACUAA